CUGUAUUGAAUUUUCAAAUAUGGUUAAGUGUGUUUUUUCUUUGCAAUGAUAUAACUCUAUGCUGUCAAUAUUAUUACUACAAUAGUGUGUAUCCUAGAAAGUACGGAUUUGUCCAAUAUACUAGCUUAGAAGGAGCAACAAAUCCAAGAGAUAGUCAUGAUUCAAACGAAAAUUUUGCAAUUACCAACAACAGCAUGAUACAUUCCAAUUCUGCAAACUCAAUCCACAUUAGACCAAACCAUGUAACUCCAUCGGAAGAACCGUUCACCUCUUCAUCACCUUUGACUCCCCCAAAAGGAUCACCGCAAGCUAAUGGAUACAGCUCCAUGAAUACUUUCAGUGACAACAAAUCUCAGUCAGCAAUCAAAACAUUUGCGGUAGGAUCCAUGUUCAAUUCCAUCACUACAACCGCAAUGCCAAUUAAUGAAAAAAUCACCAAAAUCACCAAAAUCACCAAAAUCACCGAAACUACCCAGAAAUCUACUUCUGGAAGUGAAGCUUUCGGUCUUUUUCUUGCAUGGGGGUGCACUUUUGUUUAUAUGAGCUCAAGAUGCCCCCAAUUAUACAAAAACUAUUUAAGAAAAUCGGUCGAAGGCAUCUCGCCGCUAUUAUUCGGUGCUGCAUUAUUAGGGAACUUAGCAUACACCCUUUCCAUCUUAUCGAGUUGCGAGUUUGUCUUGGAUGAAAGCAGAGGCGAGUUUUUCUUCAAAGAAUUACCUUAUAUCUUAGGUAGUUCUGGUACUAUUAUAUUCGAUGCCAUCUAUUUCUAUCAACGUCACAUAUAUAGAGACUCGGGUAAGCAAACAAGCGUAAUGGGCUUAGAAACCUGGGACGAGUUGGGAAACACCCACAACAAUGACAGCACUCGGGUGAUAUAGAUUUUAUAGAAAAUUGCAAUCCAUUAAUUCUC